GGAGGAGGUAAGAGCCUUCCCAGCUUGGAAGAGACGGCGGAGAGAGCGGACGUUCCUUCAAACUGCCAAAGCACCUAAGGGAUUCGUGAUGGACAUGCUGGCCUUCGUCCUUCCCUUCCUGUUGGCUACGGGCCACGGGCUUGGUUGCCACCUCCACUCCUUCAACGUGACCCUCAAGAGUGACCGCCAAGGUACCUGCCGGGCCAGUCAAACCCUCCAGGCUUGCGUCGGCUACUGCGAGUCCAGCGCUUUCCCUUCCAAGUACUCCGUCCUCUUGGCCAGCGGCUUCCAGCGCAACGUCACCUCCGUCUCCCAGUGCUGCACCAUCGCCAAGAUGCAGAAGGUCAAGAUGCGACUGCGUUGCGGGGAGACCCUGCGCGAAACAGUGGAGCUCUUCACGGCCAAGGCUUGCCAAUGCGACAUGUGCCGCCUCUCCAGAUAUUAGGAGCGUACCAUUUCUGCCGGCAUCUUUUGUGCCUACUUUGCUAGCCUCAAAACAUGAAAUUGCAUGGGAAUCAAACCUUCUUGGGGUGCAUCACAGGGUUGUGAGCAACUGAGGGGUGUACUAGAUGGCCUCUGGGGUGCCCUCCAAUUCUAGAGUAGCACGAUCCACCUAUAUUGAAUCAGUAGUAGUGGGGCUAACAAGUAUGAGCCUGCCUCUUAUUUGGAGAAUUUAUUCUGUUGCUGUUAUUUGAGGUCAACUUCGUUUCCUUCCUAUGAGAUCCCCAAACAUAAGUAA